UUUUUAAUAACCGCUUUUGUUAAUAUAGACAUAAACCUUCUGAACUUCUUUAAAAGAUGUCUGAAACGCAAAACUCUGCGGUCAUCCAUUUUACACAAUGACCACCAUAGCAACGUAGUAAAGCUAAGUUCGAAAUGUUUGUUUACAAUUGAAGUUUGUGAUUUGUUGUAUUCCAAACAACGUGUUUUAGUUUUAUUAAACGGUAAUUAAACUAAAAAGAUGAGUCGUUUGUAUGAUACGGUUGAGCCUUCGGUUAUUGACGAUGAAAUGCUUAGAAAGGCCGUUGAAGAGCAAGGGCCAAAAGAAGAAGCUGGAAAGAUUGCCAAACAAGAGGGAGUCGAUUAUUGUGAUGUUUUAUCACUUAGACUUGAUUUUAGAAAUAUCUUAAAAGUGGACAAUCUAUGGCAAUUUACUAAAUUGACAAAGCUUCAAAUGGACAACAACAUUAUUGAGAAAAUCGAAGGAAUGGAUGCUUUAGUUAAUUUGAGAUGGUUAGACAUGUCUUUUAACAACAUUGAAAUGAUUGAAGGCCUGGACAAACUCACCAAACUUGAAGAUUUGACUUUGUUCAAUAACAGAAUUACAAGACUUGAAAAUAUGGACUCACUUCCAAACUUACAUGUGUUAUCUGUGGGAAACAAUAAGAUUGAUCAACUUGAUAAUUUAAUCUAUCUGCGCCGAUUCCCAAAUCUUCGAACUUUGAACUUGACUGGUAAUCCAGUCUGUGAUGAUCAAGGUUAUAAGUUGUUUGCUGUUGCUUAUCUUUCUCAUCUCGUGUACCUUGACUUCCGAUUAAUUGAUGAAGACACGAGGCAAAAAGCUCACAGUUUGUAUGAAAAUAAACUUGGUGAACUUAUGCACAAUGAAAAACAAGCAGAAGUUGCAAUUGAAGCAGAAAAGAAGGCAGCACAAGAACUUCUUAAACACAAAGAUGCAUAUGUUGAACACCUUAAUAGUUCUGUCUUGUUUGAAUCAAUGUAUAAGGAAGACCCAGAAGGUAUGAAGCUCGCUUUGUUACCAGGGCUGCAGGACAUGUUAAAAGAUUUUCAAGACAAGUUUGUGGAGGUAUGCAUGAAGAUUUUUGAGUUUGGGAUGAAGGAAUAUGAGAAACGAUGUAAGGAGAUGCGGGAGUUCAAUACUUGCAUUCAGGAUGCUGAAGCUGCCAAUAAAAAACAAGCAGUGACAGUUAUUGAUGCAUUUGAAGAAUAUAAGAAGAAGUUGUUUACUGAACUGUUGGUGACCAGUGAUGCAGAAGUUCAAGAACGAAAGAUGAACGAAUAUCAUGAAGGGGUGAAUGAAACAUGGGAUAAGCUCAUGGGGUUGGAAAUGCAGUUGGUUGAUCAACUUGAAGAAACAAUUAAAGACUUUGAACGAAACAUGACAGAUCUGAUGUCACAACUAGUUGAAUAUAUUCAAGGACUAAUAACUCAAGUACGUGAUUUGGAGAAUUCUCAUAAUGAGAAGCUGUUAGAGAUGUGCAUGACAGUUCUUGAAAAAGUUGUUAAGAAUGAGAUGGACGAAGAGUUACCAGAUGAUCUUAGAAUGUUAUUUGUCGACAAAGACACAAUCGUGAACGCGAUUGGAGCUUCCCAUGAUGUUCAUCUCAUCAAGAUCGACAAUCGUGAGGAUGAAAUUGUGACAAGAAGUGGAGCUUGGUUAUCGGGACAUAUGCAGAAGAUCCAUGCAGAUGAAUGUGCUCGGAACAGAGCAAGAGUUGUUGAAAUUACAAACUACAUUGAUCAUUUAAGAGAUGAAAUUGACACACAGUUUAUGCCAUGAUAAUGUUAUAGUUAUUCACCGAGUCUGAACCGUUGCUUUUCUGAGAACUAGUUUUAUGUUUUUGUUUAUUGUACUGUGGAACAUCAUACCCUUCAAACUAUUUUGAUGUUUUUAUUGAAAUAAAAUGCUGUUUGUUAAA